AUGACAACAACAAAAGAGACAGAUAAAUAUGAUUCUAUCACCAAACAAUUCAAAACAUUCAAAGAUAACAAAUGUCCGUUAUGUGAUGGUCAACUAUGUGAUACUGCAACACUCAACAAUCACAUUGCUCAAUGUUCUGUCUAUUUCAUGUUGGACAAUCAAAUAGAUGUCUUGCAAGUUGUAAAUGAUGUCAUGGCAAAUCUUUACAACAAAAAGAGAUCAAUUGACAACAAUGAUAAUAAUAACAACAAUAAUAAUAAUAAUAAUAAUAAUAAUAAUAAUAAUAACAAUAAUAAUAAUAACAAUAAUAUUAUUGUGAUUGAUGAUGAUGAUGACAUCAAUGUGAAGAGACAAAAGAUGGAAACAAACAACAACGACGACAAAAAGAUAAUAAGGUCUGAUGAAGAACUAAAGUCAUUGGGUGCAUUUGUUAAGGAUUCAAAUGGUGAGGGAAGAUGCCUAGAUAUGAUCAACUUUGUCGGAAGUCAACAGGAACUACAAUCAGCGGUGAAUAGGGUAAGAACAGUCAUCCAAAAAUCAAAGUUGGUUACCUACUUAUCAAUAUAUGUUCUUUUCGAUGAUAACACAAUUGAACAAGGUAUGUCAACAUCUUAUCUAUCGAGUAUAAAUAUUUAUCAUGCUCAUACUCUUGUCCUCUCUUCUUUUGUCAAAGCGCGUACAACUAUGGGGUUGAUCUAUCAAGACCUAAAAGAGAAUACAAUAAUAACAGAGUAUUUCUUUGAAUCAUUUCCAUUUGGAAGAAUGAUCUAUGCCGAGAGAGCAAGUACAAGAUUCUGUGUCUAUGGAGCCAAUGUUAAAAACAACCAAGAACUUCAUACACCCAUUUGUUUGCCAUCAAUGAUUCCACAUAUCGAUAAAUACCAAGUUAAAAGUAUAGAACACCCAGUUGAUAUUCAACCAUCAUGUGAUGUAUUGAAUGGAUCACCAUAUAUUAAAACAGUCAAACUAAUGGCAUCCAAUCGAAUGACAUACGAUAAAGAAGUAUUUAAUCGAUUCGUACUCGGGUUACCCAAUCUUGAGUGUCUCAGACUAAAAUGUGGUGGUGGUGCCAGAAUAUUAUCAUUGGUCAUCAAACUAUUAAACAAAAACAUAAUCAAGCACCUUACAAUUAGCCAUAUCGCGGUAACUCCUGCACUGAGUCGAAAACUAUUAGAUGCCAUCAAGACAAACAGAUCACUUAUUAGUUUUAAAAUCUAUUUUCUCCAAGAGUGUAUCCCAUUUGUUUAUCAAGCUUUAAAAGAGAUACGUACCAAUCAUAAUAAUACAACUCUGAAAUAUAUUUACUUGUUGCAUCAAAAAAUGUCAACUACAACACAAAAGAUAGAUAUAUCAAAGAUGACAACAACAAAAGAGACAGAUAAAUAUGAUUCUAUCACCAAACAAUUCAAAACAUUCAAAGAUAACAAAUGUCCGUUAUGUGAUGGUCAACUAUGUGAUACUGCAACACUCAACAAUCACAUUGCUCAAUGUUCUGUCUAUUUCAUGUUGGACAAUCAAAUAGAUGUCUUGCAAGUUGUAAAUGAUGUCAUGGCAAAUCUUUACAACAAAAAGAGAUCAAUUGACAACAAUGAUAAUAAUAAUAAUAAUAAUAAUAAUAAUAAUAAUAAUAACAAUAAUAAUAACAACAAUAAUAAUAAUAACAAUAAUAUUAUUGUGAUUGAUGAUGAUGAUGACAUCAAUGUGAAGAGACAAAAGAUGGAAACAAACAACAACGACGACAAAAAGAUAAUAAGGUCUGAUGAAGAACUAAAGUCAUUGGGUGCAUUUGUUAAGGAUUCAAAUGGUGAGGGAAGAUGCCUAGAUAUGAUCAGCUUUUUCGGAAAUCAACAGGAACUACAAUCAGCGGUGAAUAGGGUAAGAACAGUCAUCCAAAAAUCAAAGUUGGUUACCUACUUAUCAAUAUAUGUUAUUUUCGAUGAUAACACAAUUGAACAAGGUAUGUCAACAUCUUAUCUAUCGAGUAUAAAUAUUUAUCAUGCUCACUCCACUCUUGUCCUCUCUUCUUUUGUCAAAGCGCGUACAACUAUGGGGUUGAUCUAUCAAGACCUAAAAGAGAAUACAACAAUAACGGAGUAUUGCUUUGUAUCAUUUCCAUUUGGAAGAAUGAUCUAUGCCGAGAGAGCAAGUACAAGAUUCUGUGUCUAUGGAGCCAAUGUUAAAAACAACCAAGAACUUCAUACACCCAUUUGUUUACCAUCAAUGAUUCCACAUAUCGAUAAAUACGAUGUUAGAGGUGGUGAACACCCAGUUGAUAUUCAACCAUCAUGUGAUGUAUUGAAUGGAUCACCAUAUAUUAAAACAGUCAAACUAAUGGCAUCCAGUCGAAUGACAUACGAUAAAGAAGUAUUUAAUCGAUUCAUACUCGGGUUACCCAAUCUUGAGUGUCUCAGACUAUGUGGUGGUGGUGCCAGAAUAUUAUCAGUGGUCAUCAAACUAUUAAACAAAAACAUAAUCAAACACCUUACAAUUCGCCAUAUCGCGGUAACUCCUGCACAGAGUCGAAAACUAUUAGAUGCCAUCAAGACAAACAGAUCACUUAUUAGUUUUAAAAUCCAUUUUCUCGAAGAGUGUUUCCCAUUUGUUUAUCAAGCUUUAAAAGAGAUACGUACCAAUCAUAAUAAUACAACUCUGAAAUAUAUUUACUUGUUGCAUCAAAGUAUAUAUGUUGACAAACAACCGGUCGCAUCGUUGCAGGAUGAUUAUGGUUACAUAAUACAAGACAUUCCCCCAGGCUACAGAGUACUCAAAAAAUUACAUACACCAUAG